UAGUGUUUCCAGAGGAGCUGGGUCAGAGCGUUCCUCUCACGGAGGAGGAGCAGAGAGAGCUGCUGUAUGUUCCCCUGGAAGGGGAGUGGGGCGCCGCCACGCGGAACCACGAGUGUCAACGCAUCAUCAACGCCAUCGACCAGCUCACCACACUCGAUGUAGCUGUACCGUUUGCCUUCCCAGUAGAUCUCCAGGCGUAUCCUUCCUACUGUACUGUAGUAGCCUACCUCACGGACCUCAGCACCAUACGGUGCAGGCUGGAGAACCGCUUCUACAGGCGUAUGUCAUCGUUGAUGUGGGAGGUGCGUUAUAUUGAACACAACGCUCAGACCUUUAAUGAAACUGGAGCCUUCAUCGUUAAAACGGCCAAGUUCGUCUCUGACCUCAUGCUCAGCUUCAUCAAGGACCAAACUCUGCCUGACAUUAUUCCUCUCUACAACUCCAUGAAGAAGAAUGCUUUCUCCGACACCGAGGAUGAGGAUGAUGAAGAUGAUGAUGAAGAUGCUGAUGCUCCUGCAACAUCCACACGGAACAAGAAGGGUGGUGGGGGUGUGAGACGAGGUCUUCCCCGGUCCUUUGAUCCCUGGCGGCGGCGCUGCAGGAAUCUACUAGACCUGCUGUUCCAGUGUGAAGACUCUGAACCCUUCAGACAGCCUGUCCACCUGGAGCAGUACCCUGACUACCUGGACAUUGUGGAAACGCCCAUGGACUUCGGGACGGUACGGAGCAUGCUCAGUGCGGGGGAGUACACCUCUCCUCUGGAGCUCUGCCAGGACGUACGUCUCAUCUUCAGCAACUCUAAAGCUUACACACCCAGCAAGAAGUCCCGGAUCUAUAGUAUGAGUCUGCGUCUGUCUGCCUUGUUUGAGGAACACGUCAGCUCCAUCCUGGCUGACUACAAGGCCGUCCACGGACAGACGGACAGGAAGACCCAGCACGGGCCGGACAGACAGACGAGACGUGGGGCGGAAAGACAGGCGAGACACAGUACGGACAGGCAGACAGACAGACAGACGAGACGUGGGGCGGAAAGACAUGCGAGAUACAGUACGGACAGGCAGACAGACAGACAGACACGACGUGGGGAGGAAAGACAGGCGAGACACAGUACGGACAGGCAGACAGACAGACAGACACGACGUGGGGCGGAAAGACAGGCGAGACACAGUACGGACAGGCAGACAGACAGACAGACACGACGUGGGGAGGAAAGACAGGCGAGACACAGUACGGACAGGCAGACAGACAGACAGACACGACGUGGGGCGGAAAGACAGGCGAGACACAGUACGGACAGGCAGACAAACAGACAGACACGACAUGCGGUGAAGAGGAGGAGUGACUCUCCGUCCAGCAGCACAGCCUCAAGCCCAGAGAGGAAGAGGCGUGUCUCAUUGAGGGGCAUGUCUAGACCAGACUCCUCAGCCCCUCCCAUGGCUCCAGCUGCAGCCCCCCUGCGCCCCCCCUCCCUGAGACAGAACCUCCCCUUCAGACAGCCCCUCCCCCUCGUCAAUGGGAGGGUGGAGCCACAGACCCCUGGACGAACACGCUGCACCAGGACACACACACCCUCCACAGCAGUAGAGUCUUCCUGGUCGUUGCGUGGUCAUAACUCCAGUUCAUCUCCCGGUGUUGCUGAGCGUUCUAGACUGUCCCUGAGCACCGACGGUAGCGGUGGGAGCAUGCGGCGGAAACUAAGAACCCCCGUACGACACACACCCGCCUCUCCUCGUAGCCUCUCCCCCCAGGCUACUGUCCACCUGAAUGGUCACAGGAGUCAGGUGACAGCGGGCUUGCUCACAGGGCGUAGAGGGCAGAGACCUAGAGCGGUGACUCCUGACCCCAGCCCCGCCCCCAGGGGUCGCCCACCUGGCAAGAAGAGAGGCAGGAAGUCCAAACAGGAAGUAGAGGUCAUGAGGAGGAGGGGCCUCUGGCAAAGCUCCACCCCCGAGGACGAGCUUGACCAAUCCACGGGCGACGAGGGUGGGACUUCAUCCUCCGCCCAGGAAUCGACCGGGCUGUCAGACUUAGGGGCGGGACUUCCAGGAACGCUGCGCCGACGCGAUAGGCCGAGACUCAUUAGGACAGUAGAAGUCCCUCCCCCUUCUAGCCCUUCCCCACUGAGGAGGAGCAGUCGGCGCAUCAAUGACGAGACCACUCCCCCCGCCCAGGCUCUGCAACAAUCGCGGCGCGUGAGGGACUCGCCAGUGGGUGACGAAAACGUCAAUGUGAAGGAAGGGGAGGAGCUGGGACAGGAAGGGGAUGGGUCGGCGGGUUCGAUGCGUACGCGUAACCAGGGGCGACGGACGGCAUGCUACACGGAGGAGGAGGAGGAGGGACAGCUCCUGUUUGAAGACUCCUCCCUCAUCUUCGGCACUUCCUCCAAGGGGCGUGUCCGCAAGCUCACAGAGAAGGCCAAGGCCAACCUCAUCGGCUGGUAACCACUGCAACCAACCACACCUGGUAAACACCAAACCACGCCUUUAUUAUAAUGGGCCGGAAGCCAAGACAACAACGCAGUCAUUACAAUGGACUGGUAACCAAGACAACCAGACCCCUCACGCUUCCUGUGUUUCCUUGUUCCGACCGUGUUCUGACCGUAGCCCGACCGUAUUCUGACCGUGUUCCGACCGUAGCCCGACCGUAUUCUGACCGUAGCCCGACCGUAUUCCCACCGUGUUCCGACCGUAGCCCGACCGUAUUCCCACCGUGUUCCGACCGUAGCCCGACCGUAUUCUGACCGUAGCCCGACUGUAUUCCCACCGUGUUCCGACCGUAGCCCGACCGUGUACCGACCGUAUUCUGACCGUAGCCCGACCGUAUUCCGACCUCUGUUUAUUCGCUUCUCCUGGUUUUGUAGAGUGUUUGCUGUGUUGAUACAGUGUCUGCAGGAGUGUGUAUCCUGGGGUGCUGUCCAGACAGAGCAGACUGAAGGCUGUGUGUGUGUGUGUGUGUGUGUGUGUGUGUGUGUGUGUGUGUGUGUGUGUGUGUGUGUGUGUGUGUGUG